UAAUCAACUUACUUUCAAGCUUGUGAAAUUGAUAUGGAAAUAUUCAUGGGGAUUGCUCUUGCCACAUUCAUUUUCAUAGCCAAAUUCAUAUCCAUGGCUUCAUCGGCCACACCGCCGGUGACGUUCGUUUUCGGUGACUCCUUGACAGAAGUAGGAAACAACAAUUUUCUACAGUAUUCUCUUGCAAAGUCCAAUUAUCCAUGGUAUGGGAUUGACUAUGCCAGUGGCCAAGCAACCGGGAGGUUCACUAAUGGCAGAACUAUUGGUGAUAUUAUAUCUGCAAAGCUUGGAAUUUCAUCGCCACCACCUUAUCUUUCUCUGUCCCCAAAUGAUGAUGCAUUGCUUGAAGGAGUUAAUUAUGCAUCUGGUGGAGCAGGAAUACUCAAUGACACAGGAUUAUAUUUUAUUGAGAGACUAUCUUUUGAUGAUCAAAUACAAAACUUCAACAAAACAAAAGAAGCAAUUAAGUCUAAAAUUGGAGAACAGGCCGCAGUCAAGCUCUGUAAUGAAGCUCUGUAUUUCAUUGGAAUUGGGAGCAAUGACUAUGUAAACAAUUUCUUGCAACCAUUUCUAGCAGAUGGCCAGCAGUACACUCAUGAUGAGUUUGUAGGACUCUUGACCUCCACUUUUCGUGAACAACUUUUGAGACUGUACCAACUUGGUGCAAGAAAGAUGGUGAUCCAUGGAGUAGGUCCACUAGGGUGCAUUCCUUCACAGAGGGUGAAGUCAAAAAAAGGCCAAUGCUUAAAACGAGUCAAUCAAUGGGUGCUUGAAUUCAAUUCCAAAGUUCAAAAGCUCAUCUCCUCUCUCAAUAAAAAACUCCCCAAGUCUUCUAUUUUAUUUGCUGAUUCAUAUCCUGCUGUUUAUGAUUUGAUCACCAAUCCUACUGAAUAUGGUUUUAAGGUUUCAAAUACAUCAUGUUGCAAUGUAGACACAAGCAUUGGAGGGCUAUGCUUACCCAACUCAAAACCAUGCAGCAACCGCAGAGACUAUGUAUUUUGGGAUGCAUUCCACCCCUCUGAUGCAGCCAAUGCAGUGCUUGCUGAUAGGCUUUUCUCCACCCUCUUUUCUGCUCCUCCUUCCCUUGCACCCACCCCUCACAGUGAUUAAUUAUAUACAUAAUACACAAUACAUCAUAUAAAUACAUAAACCUCUAUAUAUGUAUAAGCAGAAUUGUGAUAUGUGGGAAAGUUUUAACAUGCUAAGCGUUAAGGGUAACAGUUUAAUUAACGAUUUAAAACUAAAAAUCUAAUUGAGCAAGUGAUAACCCUUAAUAUUUGUCAUGUCAAUAUAUUAAGAACAUAAAAAAUGAAUUAUAUUCCAAACAUAUUAAAGUACUAUAUGUGCAACGUAAUCUGAUUGUAUAUUAUUUUAUUAGAAGCAAAUUUAUGAGACAUAACUUGUAUGUUUAAACUAUAUAUAUAUAUAUAUAUAUAUAGCUUUUCUAUAUAAAUGAAUGUAUCAUGCUAUGGUGGUAAGUUCAUCUAGCUCAUCUCAAAAUUUAACAGCAGGAAAAAAAAGAAGAAAAGGAAAGAAAAUGAGCAUGGUUUUUGUAUUCUCAUAUAAAUUUGUCCAAUUUUUGUUAAAAAAUCCCACUCUAGCAGCCAUGAAGAUGGUGUUCAACAGCAACGUCUUUUCUGCUUUUAAGGUGUGCCAAAACACUGAAAAAUUCCACAUUCAAGUUUAUCUGCAUAAACAUCACCCAUAGGUAUGGAUCUCCGAUGGGUAAUUGGGCCAUAAGUUACCCAUUGCUUGUCUGGCCCAAAAUGAAUCUAUUUCCAAACAUAACAGAGGCUUAGACUGUGUAAAAUCGUAAUUAUAUGGAAAACAGUGGUCGAAAGAUUAAGUUCCUCCACAAACCCUAUCUUCUCAAUCCAUAUUUAAACCAACCAUUGCCUCUCUGAUAUUUUGUAAUCUACUUUUUUAACCUCCCAAAAAUUUUCAAAACAAAAAAUUUUCUUAGUAAACUGUAAAUUUUGUUUUGUUUUAAGAUGUAGAAAUUCAGAAACAGCAUCUGCCUAUGAAUCUCUAUGCUGAUGAACUAUUCAAUAAAAGCAUAGGGAUUACGAAGCGAUGCGAAAUCAAAUCCAUUUUUAUGGUACCUCUGGACAGGUAGAAUCAACCUUGAUUCUUGCCUUUUCUCGUAGGUUCGACAUUUUCUCAUCUCCCAAACAAUAGCCUUUUUAUUUUAUUUUAUUUUAUUUUAUCCGUCCUAGGUUGUAUAUUUUCUCAUCUCCCAAACAGACCCAUUUACAAUUUAUUUCUUUUAUUAUUAUUGUCUCUUUUUUGGCAUAGUUCAAUGUGGGUGCUCGAUGAUGACUGAUUAUAUGCUUUAACCACACCGAAUUGAGGAAUGGAGGGUUGGGUUUUGAUCCUUUGAAAGGCUUAAGCCAUGGAAGGAUUGCUUGUACUGUGCUUGUGAUUGCCUGAUGAUUCUAUCUGUAUAAGAGUGGAGGUUUUUUAAUAUUUUGAUACCUCCUAUUUUAUCUGAUAGAGGAAGGCUUUUUCAAGCACUUCUCAAGUUUUCUGAUUUUCAUUUCCUUUCUUGGCUUAGGUUUGUAGGAGGGUCACUCAGUCUUUCUAUGUUUCUCUCAUGUGGAAAAAUUUGGCCCUUUGACUGAGAGCUUAAAAA